AGAGUAGCCAUGCCGCCAAAAAAGCAAGCCGCCGGUAAAAAUGACCAGAAAAAGAAGGAAAAAGUCGCUGAUGACAAGACUUUUGGAAUGAAAAACAAAAAGGGAAAGAAGCAGCAACAACAAAUUCAACAAAUUAAAAGUCAGGUCAUGGGUAAUCAGAAGGACAAAAAUAAGCAGUUGGAAGAAAAAAGAAAGCUCCAAGACCAAAAGAAGGCCCAAAAAGAUGAACUGAACCUGUUGUUUAGACCACUACAAACAGUCAGUGCUGGCGGAGACCCAAAGUCAGUUCUGUGUGCUUUCUUUGUACAAGGAACCUGUCAGAAAGGUUCAAAAUGUAAGUUCUCUCACGAUCUCUCCCUGGCUGGCAAAAGUGAAAAGAGGAGUCUGUACGCAGACAAGAGAGAUGGCAAAGAGGAGGAAAAGGAGGGCGGCAUGGACCAGUGGGACCAGAGCAAGUUGGAAGAAGUUAUUGCAGAGAAACAUGGCGCUAAAAACAACCGUCAGACCAGUUCCCAGAUCUGUAAGCAUUUCCUCAAAGCUGUGGAGAAGAGUGUUUAUGGGUGGUUUUGGGAGUGUCCUAACGGAGGAAAGUGUUUGUACCGACAUGCUUUACCACCGGGCUUUAUACUGAAGAAGGACAUGGUUAAAGAAGAUACGAAGAACGAAUUAACCCUUGAAGAACUUAUUGAUAUUGAGCGGAAGAAACUUGGCCCUAAUACUACGAAGGUUACUUUGGAAACGUUUACUGCUUGGAAAGCUAAGAAGAUCAAAGAGAAAAAAGACAAGCUUAUCGCCACUACAAAGAAGAAGAAGGGAGAUUUCAAACAAGGACGUCUGCUUGGUUUCAGUGGUCGUGAAAUGUUUGCUUACAAACCAGAGUUAGCUGAUGCUGAUGACGACGAAGCAGAGGAUGUGAUUGAGAGGGAGGUGGAGGAGGAGGAGGAGGAUGUGGUGGUUCAUGAUGUGCAGGAGACUGUCAUAGACCUGGGUGAUAUGGAGGAUGACGAAGAAGAAGAAGAAGGAAAACCUGGUCCCUCACUACAGAACCACCAAGACAAUAAUAACAUGCAGAUAAACGAAGAUCUAUUCGUUGAAGAGGGAUUAGAAGAUUUAGAUAUUGAUGACUCUGAUUCUGAUUCAGACGACUGAGCUUAGCUCAGCUUAAAAUUUCUUAGAAAUUUUCCAAAUUGAUUGCUCCUGUCACAUCUAACUCAGGGGAUAUGUUAGUUGAAAAGUUUGCGCUCUGUCUCUAAAGUAGUUUCUCUAUCAUUUAACAUCUUUUACUCCUAUGAUAGUAUAAGAGUUCUGAUAUUUAGACAUCAUGCAUUUUGUUUUAGAGAAUAAAAUGGUGGGAAUGGUGCAUUUAUCUUAAUAUAUUGUGGCAAUAUGUUGUCUUCUUAAAGUAAUGAUGAUACAAUUGGAUCAUUUUGUGGUAAUCAUAUUGAUAAAACAUUAUCAAAUUAUCAAUAACCUGUCGUCCAAAAUUUUGGUAAAUAAUCAAUUAACUGUUUCUGUAGUCUUACCAUAUUUUGUUAAUUAGGGCUCUUGCUGCGUGUCACAAGUGCAUUCUUGAACUUGAGCUGUUCUUUUUAAAGCACAUUUAAGCUUUUGCUGCGCAGCAACUACUCGUAUUAACAAGAUUUGGUUACUAUACACAGUACAGUUCUUUAAAAUAUAGACUUGUAGUCUAAUUAGCUAAUUGAGAUCCAUUUUUAUUUAAUUUAUUCGCUUAGUACAGGUGUUACGUUUUGUAAGGUAAAUGAAAAUUGGGGUGUAUUACUUCAGUAGAGAUUUGGAAAUUUCUUAGCAUUUUUAGGUUUUUAACGUUUGCCAGAUAAAUUCAUUUG